GGAAAGGAGGGGCUGGGAAUUGUUUCCUGAGUUGAGGGCUGAGAGCUGGAAUCAGCUUCCGGCUGCAGCUUCUGGUCUGGGGGAGAGAGAGCAGAGAGCAGGGAAAGCUAUCAGCCAGUACUGGAUGGAUCACUGACAGUUCUACACACACAUUCAAGCAGUGCAUUAGCCGAGAUGAGCUAAAUCUCCAUUUGAAUACAGACAGCAAAAUAGCUGCACAAAGGUCCAUGGUUUGAUCUGUUUGGAAGUUCACCUUGUCUGCUCCAUCGAGCCAGUUGUCAUGUUCUGACCAUCCACAAUGGGUAGGAGAUAUCCUGGUUCAAGCUACAGACCUAGCAGUUCAUAUUUCUAACCUUAACCAAUAUCCUGAUCCAUUGCUGGCGCCCUUCUGAUCCAUGUCUGAAGUCCUUCAAGUCGAUUCAAGUGUGGAAAAACUUCCAGUUUUUAUGGCAAGCCACAGCGCCACGGACAUUGUGAAUCGAAAUGGUCCAGCUAGCCCACCAAAUACGUUGAACUUACGCUGUUCCCACAAUGAGCUACUGAAUGCAGACCUAAAGCAUGUUGAAACCAAGAGCAUCACUCCACCGAAAUGCAGGAAAAAAUAUGCGCUGACAAAUAUCCAGGCAGCUAUGGGCUUGUCUGAUCCUGUAUCUCAGCCUCUGUUGGGAAACAGUUCUCCAAACAUUAAGGUAGUGAAGAAUGGGGAAAAUCAGCUAAGGAAAGCUGCUGAAAAUGGGCUUCAAGACCAAAAUAAAAAUUUGAGUUUAGAAGAAACUGUAAAUAGAAUCUCAGAGAAACUAGAAGGGAACACAGAGAUCCCAGAUGAUCCAGAAUGUUCUGAAAUUCUACCUUUAAUUCCUAGAAAAACCAAGAGUUUUCUCAAUUACUAUGCAGACUUGGAUACCUCCAUUGACCUGGAGCAAAGCAAUGGGCAUGUAGUAGAGGAGGAAAACUCCACAUGGAUUAAUAUUCAAGAACCUGACAUUCUUACCAAUGGGGAUUUGCUGCCAUCUAAACAGAACAAUAUCUCAAGUCCUGAGGAUAGUCGGGGCCCUACUGUAUCAUCUAGCCCAGAGACUAAGAAAGACCACCCAAAAACUGGUGCAAAGACUGACUGUGCUCUACACCGAAUCCAGAACCUGGCUCCAAGUGAUGAAGAUUCAAGCUGGACCACUUUGUCCCAAGACAGUGCAUCCCUUGUAUCUCCAGAUGAGACAGCAGAUAUAUGGAGCGACCACUCUUUUCAAACUGAUCCAGACCUGCCACCUGGCUGGAAGAAAAUCAGUGAUAUUGCUGGCAUCUACUACUGGCAUAUACCGACUGGAGCAACUCAGUGGGAGCACCCUGAGUCAGCACCUACAGAUCUCCCAGCCUCAAGCAAGGGAUCACUUAGCUCUGUCACCUCAUCCCCCACACCAGAAUAUGAGAAACAGCUUUGGAGUGAUUUUGCGGUUCUGAAUGGGGGAAAGAUUAAUGUUGACAUUUGGAAGGAUUUGCAUGCAGCCACAGUCAACCCAGAUCCGAGCCUAAAAGAGUUUGAAGGAGCAACAUUACGCUACGCCUCUUUAAAGCUAAGAAAUGGGCCUCAGUCUGAAGAAGAGGAUUCCUCUAGCAUUAACAGUGACCCUGAAUCCAAGUGUUUUGCAGUGCGCUCUUUGGGCUGGGUAGAAAUGGCAGAAGAAGACUUGGCUCCAGGAAAAAGCAGCGUUGCAGUGAACAAUUGUAUCCGGCAAUUAUCAUACAGCAAGAAUGACAUCCGAGACACUGUUGGCAUUUGGGGAGAGGGUAAAGACAUGUACUUGAUCUUGGAAAAUGACUUGCUGAACCUGGUGGACCCUAUGGACCGUACACUGCUUCACUCUCAGCCCAUUGUUAGUAUUCGAGUCUGGGGUGUUGGCCGGGACAAUGGACGGGAGAGGGACUUUGCUUAUGUGGCAAGAGACAAAGAUACAAGAAUAUUAAAAUGUCACGUGUUCCGGUGUGACACACCAGCUAAGGCAAUUGCUACAAGUCUUCACGAAAUCUGUUCUAAGAUUAUGGCAGAGAGGAAAAAUGCCAAAGCUACGGCUUGCAGCUCAAUGCAGGAGAGGCCACAUGCCAGCCUAGAUGUCCCAUUGCAGGCAGUAGAAUUUCCAACACCAAAGACAGAGCUUGUACAGAAGUUUCAUGUUCAGUAUCUGGGAAUGAUAGAAGUCUCUAAACCCAUUGGUAUUGAAAUCCUGAAUGAUGCCAUUGAAAGUCUUUUGACCCCAUCAAACAAGGAAGACGGGACUCCUGUUAUCAUGAAUGUGGCUGAUGCAACAGUGACAGUGAUAAAAGAAAAGGACGAAGAGGUCAUAGUGGAAUGCAGAGUUCGCUUCCUGUCCUUCAUGGGAGUUGGGAAAGACGUUCGUACAUUCGCCUUCAUCAUGGAUUCUGGGAAUCAGCAUUUCGAGACUCACGUGUUUUGGUGUGAGCCCAAUGCAGCAAGCGUCUCUGAAGCCGUCCAAGCUGCAUGCAUGUUGCGGUAUCAGAAGUGCCUGGUUGCCAGGCCUCCCUCUCAGAAGGCACCGCCUCCACCUCCUCCAUUGGACUCUGUGACCCGAAGAGUUACAACUAGCGUAAAACGCGGGGUUUUGUCCCUAAUUGACACUUUGAAACAGAAACGUCCCGUUGCCGACAUGCCAUAAGCACAAGCAAAGGGCUGAAUUGUCAUCACUUGAGUAUGACGUCAUCACUAAAGUGAAAGUAGCGCACUCAAGGACAGCGGCGCAGUACAGUCAUCUUUCUGCUGCUUUGUCUUCAGAGAACUUAACCCUUACCCGCUGUUCGACGAGCAUGUUCUUGUUCUCCGACACCAUGGCGUACUGCAAAAAGAAGCAUGAAUUUAAAUCUAUAUCUACUCAUAACUUUUCCUUUUCCCUGUCAGUGGUUGUCAUUUCAUGCAUUGGAUAUUCUGUUUCAGAUUGUAAAUACGAUGAACAUUUCAUGACGA